GUCUCAGCAGCCUAAGAAGGCCCCCGCCCCCCUCCUCCUCUUCCUCCUGCGCCGGAAGUGCCCGGCCGAUGCGCAAAGGCUGCGACGGAAAGGCCCGGAGACUCGCGCGCUUUUGCUGCGACGGCAGGAAAAGGGGGAGGGAGCUGCGGAGAAAGGAAAGCGGGGAGAGAGCCAAACAUAAAAACAAAAGCAUGGGGUUUUAAAAAAUUAUUAUUAUAAGAACCAGCUCUAUAAGGAAAUAGGAGCAAGAAAGGAAAGGAAACGGAGGGGAGGGGAGAAACGAGAGCCCCCCCGCCCCAAUAAAGGGAGCGGUGCCGAUGGCGACGCCUGGAGCUGCCUCCGCUGCUGGGGGGUCGCGACCCGGCCCCGAGGAGCAGCCCGCGCCGGCUCCGGGGGCCUCCCAGGCCGCGGCCCCGCCGGAGCAGCCGGCGCCUCCCUUGCCCCUGCCUCCGCAGGCGCCGUCGCAGCCCGCGCCGGCCGAGCAGAAGUUCCAGUCGCCCGCCGCGCAAGCCCCCCAGCAGCAGCCUCCGCCGACGGCGGCAGCCCUCCAGCACCAGGGCCAGGAGGACUGCUCGUUCUUGCCCCUCGUGCACGAUGUCAUCAAAUGCAUGGAUAAAGACAGCCAAGAUGUCCACCAGGUGCUGAACGAGCUGAGGACCAAAUUCGUGGAGAUGCGGAAGGUGAUCAAAGCCAUGCAGGGGAUUGGCAUGAGCCCCGAGCAGCAGCAGCUGCAACUUCAAAGCCUCCGAGAGCAAGUGAAGACUAAGAGCGAACUACUGCAGAAGUACAAGAGCCUUUGCAUGUUUGAGGUCCCCAAGGAGUAGGGAGGAAGCAACUUCAGACUCUGCAAAGUGACUCCUCUGGUUCUGGAAGCAUCAGAGGUCUGCAGCGCAUGCUGGCGCCAAAGCAAAACAUGACGUGCCCGGAGCACUAUUUGUUCCAGCAGCUCAUAAGCUUUAAUGCACCGUCCAGGGCGGGGAAUGCACUGCUGUGCAUUUUUGUUUGUUUGUUUUGAGGCCAAGUUUCAGCAGAUUUGGGAACGUGCUGCUCCGGGUGUGAGGGAGUUGCAUGUUUGAAUGCUGCGUGGUGUUAAAAAUAAAAUAUAAAAAUCUUUGCUGGUAGAAAAUUAGCACGUCAGGGAGAGAGAUGCAGCCUGAUUUCCAUGACAUGCUGUUUUUCUAGAUGCAAGAUGCUGGUGGUUUGUUUUUUCCCUUCAAUGGGAGUGCAUUCAUAGCAAGCAACACCCCUUCCAACUAGCAGCCGUUACAAUUAGUUAUUUUGAAUAUAUAAACUGGGUCCGACGGGAAACCAGUGAGGGGCAGGGUAUGUUGUUUCUAUCUUCUUUCCUGCCCCACCACCUAGAAGGCAAUUUCCUGCUUUUUUUCUGCCAAGGACAUCAGGAAGCUGCAGGAGAGAGAAAUCCGCAGAGGGGCAAAAUGAUGAGCAAGGCAUGACUCACUGAAUUUUACUGGACACUUAAGAGGGGGUAAAGUCUGCUCCUGUUUCUGUUGAAGGAAUCAGGUUUGGCAGCAAAGCCCUCAGUUUACAAAUGCCGGCAUUGAUAUUUAUAGAUAAUCGUUUGGUUCGUUAGGUGUUGUUGUUUUUUUAAAAGGACACUUACAGUUUCUCUGAUAGAUUGCUGGUUCAAGGGGAAAACACACACAUUAAAAAUAAAUAAAUCUGGAGCUAUGUACAGACA